AUGCAUCGCAACGGCCGAUCCCGCAGCCAAACGGGUAAUAUGAUGACGGAUUAUGAAGGGCUGAAGGAUCUAGUUUAUGCUUACUGUGCCAAGCAUUUCAUUUUUUAUACUGUAACCGCGGUAGACAGGAUUGAUGAUCCAAUGCAAUCCAUUAAAGACGAUCCCAAUCGAAGAUCGAAACAGGCUGAGAGUCGCAAUGCCAAUGAAUCAACCCCGCUCAAAGGAACACCCCAAAUCAAGGCAAUGGCUGUAAACGACUGCUGCAGAGUGGUGGCGGUGCAUGCAGAUUACAUCGGUUUCACGGUGUUAAUACUCUUCAGCCCAGUAACUCUAAAGGAUUCGGGAUUCGUGCCACGCAGUAAUUACCACAAACAGCCUGUCUACCCCACCCCGGAAGAGCAUUAUUACGGCCCCGGCGGCCCUUGA